AUUGAUCAAAGUAAUGUUGCCGUGUUGUUGAUUAUGGGAGUUUUUUUCCAAAUAUUUGAUAUUUAUUUUCAAAAUCUGAUAGAUUUCAUCAACUAAUUAACUUUUUCAUUAAUCUAUUUUUGUUAAUUGAAAAAAAAUUAAUUUUCGAAAUUGAAAUUUUUGUAUUUACUCUUCAUUAUUAUGAAUCACUAUCAUCAACAAAAAAAUCAUUCAAAUUUAGAAUCUCAUCAGCCACAAUCAUUGUCCGUUGAUCAUUUGAUCAAUAAGAUUUGUUGUUCAUUAAUAAAUCGUUUACAAUCAUCAUUAAAUUGUGUAUCACCAUCAAUUAAGGAAUUGCAUCAAUUAUCUGAUGGUAUUGUAUUGGCUGAAUUAAUUGAAUUAUUUGAAGAUAUUGUUAUUGUUCGUGCAUCGAAUAAUCGAUUAUAUUUAAAUGAUAAAUCACAACAACGAUUACCAUUACAAAAACAAUAUUAUGAUAAUAUUGAUUAUAUUGAACAAUGGCUAAAAAUUGAAGGUAUUCAUAUUGAUACAAAACGUUCUAUACGUGAAUUAUUUGCCGAAAUGGAACGUGGUCAACGUGAAUUGAAUGGAUUUUUUGAAUAUUAUAAUCAAAUGAUGGAUUCAAAACGAUCAUCAAUUGAAUUUAAAUUAUUAAUAAAUAAUCAACAAAAAGCUAUUUAUGAUAGAUCAAUUGCUUAUAUUGCUGCAUUAUGUUAUGCAAUAAUAACAAUAUUUAUACGUUAUGAUCAAAUAUUUCGUCAAUUUAUAACAAAUUAUAAUUUUAAAGUUCAUGAUGAUGAACUUUUACAUAUUCUAUUCUAUACAAAAUGGAAAUUAACUGAAGAAGAAUUAUUGUUAAAAGAUUUAGAAUAUAUGCAUCUUAAAGAUCGUUGUGAUUUAUUAGAAUUACAAUUAAAACAACAACAAUUACAACAGUCGAAAUUAUUAAUACUCGAAAAAUCAAAAACACUUGAUGAAAUUAAUGAAACAAAUAAAAAUAAUGAUAACAAUAUGACAAUGAAAACACAAUUAUUUUCACAACAAAAUAAUUCAAAUCAAAGUUCAACAAUGACAAUAUCAUCAUUGAAUGAAUUGGAUCUUGUUGAUUCAUCAACAAUAACAACAAUUCAUGGUCAUAUUGAUCGGCCAAUUAGAAUCGAAUUUGAUUGUUAUUCUACAAAUCAUGAUAAGAAUUUGUAUGAUUACCAAAAUGUUGUCAAACAACAAUCAGAAAUUCCUGAGAAUUUGAAUAAACAAAAGAUCAAAUCAGAUCAAUAUUUAAUACAAAUUCCAUCUGGUUCAUAUUGGAAUAAUGUUGAGAUUCAUUCUGAUUCAUCUCGAAAUCAUCCUAUGAAAACAUUUCCAUUGAAUAAUAAUCAUCAACAACAACAAAAACAACAAAAUAGAAAAUAUAAACAAAUUGAAUUGUCAGAUUAUCCUGAACAUCAAUCAUCAGCAUGUAUCAUUGAUAGAAAUUCAUUUGAUUUUGAUACAAGUAAAAUCAAUGUUGAUAGAGCAUUAAAAUAUGGUCAAAAUAAAUUGACAAAAAAAUCCAAUGAUAAUUGUUUGGCUAACAAAAAUCCCGAUAAUCAUGAAGAUUUAUCAAUGCAAAUAUUUGAUAACAAUAAAAUUCUUGACAAACAACAAAAAUCAAAUAAAAACGUUUUGGAUCAAAAUAUGAAUGAAACUGAUUUGACUAAAUAUUUGGCCAAAAUUCCAAGUGCCGAUCCAAAUAGACCAUCAGCAGCUAAAACAUUGAAAUUUGAUAAGGAUUAUGAUCAACAAUCAUUCAACAACAGUAAUGAUUUAAACAUCAAAAUAAACAAUCAAAAUUCAUCAUUUAAUACAAGAUUUAAACAUAAUAAUAUUGAUGAUGGAGAUGAACGUAAUAGGAUAUUGAUUUCUAGAUUAUUAGCCGAAUUAUCAUAUGAAAAACAAAAGAAAAAAAUGGAAUCAAAAUCAUUAAUAGAUAAUGAUCACGAACAUUUGGCGUCGUCAGCAACAUUCACCGAUUCGCCUAAUAAACAAUUCACUGAAACAAAUGUGGCAUACAUUUGAAUUAUUGAAAACUCAUUAUUAAUAGAUUGAUGAU